GUAGAAUUGAUGCCUCGCAGCAGGCUGAUGCUGUCAGCGGCUCGUGGUUUUCAACAGUAACAGCAGUCAAGACACAGGGAGGCAGGUUUGAACUCAGGCUCAGCAACAAUAAACAGUCAUGUCCUUGUCAGACUACCAGCCGCAGCAGUCCGGGGGACCAAACCUGACAGACAUAAAAUUCAUGAGGAACCGCUCCGAGCUUUUCAGAGCUGAAUGCUCCAAGCUCAUCAAGGAAAGUGAAAAAACAUGCAAGCGCAUGAGAGAGGACAUAAACCAGCAAAUAGAUCAACAUGUGAACUACAUCAAGUUUCUGAAGAAGGAGCUGCAGCUGAAGCUGGAUGAGAUGAUCUCUGAGAUGGAGGUUCUGGUCCGGCUGCAGAACAGAGUGUUGAAAGCUCUCAAGUCGUGUAAGGGACCUCUGAGGGUCACCAUAUCCUGCCUGGAUGAGAGAAAGAAGCGUUUCCCUUCCGACCGAGUGACUGAUGACGUCGACAGGGAACUCUUGAAGGAGCGGGAGGUUAUUGAGGGAGUUAUUUCUCUUUUCCAGCAUGUGGUGGAGCAGAUCUCCGAGCAGAUGCGAUUGAACCAGUCAGUGAAGCACCAGCUGGAGGAGGACUUCAGGGAGAAAUCUGAAGCUCAGUGCAUUGACAACUACUGCGCACUGAUGAACACGCUCUCCUUUGAUGAUCCGCUUGGAUCCAAAAACACCAAGAGUCUUCUGUCUAGCAAGGCCGUGUGCAACUCCGUGGUCUUGCGGAACUUGGUGGAGACUCUGCUGGAGGAGUCGGCUGCAGACCUGCAGAAGCAGGUCCAGGCCACGACGGCAGCGUUUCGACAGAAUGUCCAGGAUAUCAAGAACUCCAUGAGCCAGAUGGAGGAGCAACUGGCAAAGAUUCCGGCAGAGUACGACAGCCAACAGAGGGUCCGGGUGGAGCUCCAGAUGACCAUCAUGGAGAACAAGCACUUCCUGAAUGUAGCUCAGGCCCGGCUGGCCAUGCGGCGUCAGAAGCUGGCCAAAGAGCCGUGUUACGACCCUCCGCAGACGGAGCUCCUGGCCAAGGUGGAGCAGCUCAGUGCUCAUGUGGACAAGCUGCAGGAAGCUGCUGCCCGGUCUGAGGAGGAGCAGAGGGAGCUGGUUCGCUGUCAACUAGAGCUGGAGAAGAACAUCAAGAUCAAAACCAACUCCCUCUACAUUGAUGAGGUGGUCUGCCUCAAGCAAAGAGACGCGAGUGUCUGUCAGAAAUUCUAGGUUCAUCAGAGCAGUUAUGUUGGUCAAGCAUGUUUUGGGUUUGGUGGCCUUUUAGUGACAGUGACACGCCCUCAAAAUAAUUCCAUGGAUUUGAAAUUGAUUUUUAAAUAAAGCAACCAUCUCAUUCAAAAA